AUGCGAAAGAGACCAACCAUCUACCGAGCUACGCUUUGCGAGUUCAAGUGCGGAUGUUCAAUUCUGGACACACUGGCUAGUCAACUGAUGCAAUGCAUCGUCUUCAGUGCUUACGUGGUUGAUUGUGAUCCUGUUAGCCUUCAGCAGAAGGAAUGCUUCUAUCCACUGGUGCCAGUGAAAUUGCAGGCUGCGCCGAUGGCGCAUUUGGAAGGGAUGGUAGUGGAGACGGUAGCCUCUGUCAGCAAAUAA